AUGACAAAUGGAUAUUUGGAAACUAUCAUAGAUUGGUUACCAGGCAUUAAGGAAAUACGCUUAAAGGAUUUUCCAAGCUUCAUCAGAACUACAGAACCAAAUGAUCUUAUGCUUGAUUUUAUAUUAGGAGAGUGCCAGAGAGCUGAAAAGGCUUCAGCAAUCAUUCUCAACACAUUUGAUGAUUUGGAGCAUAAUGUUUUGGAAGCAUUCUCUUCCUUAAAUUUGCCUCCUGUGUAUUCCAUUGGUCCCUUGCAUUUACUCUUGAAAGAGGUCAAUAAUAAAGAAUUGAAUUCAAUUGGUUCUAAUCUUUGGAAAGAGGAGCCUGAGUGUUUAGAAUGGUUGAACCACAAAGAACCAAAUAGUGUUGUUUAUGUGAAUUUUGGAAGUAUCACAGUUAUGACAAAUGAACAGAUGAUUGAGUUUGCAUGGGGACUAGCUAACAGUAAAAUACCAUUUUUAUGGGUAAUAAGGCCUGAUCUUGUGGCUGGUGAAAACGCUGUUUUACCUCAAGAGUUUCUGGAAGAGACGAAAAAUAGAGGAAUGUUGUCAAGUUGGUGUCCACAAGAGGAGGUUUUGGAUCAUUCAGCAAUUGGAGGUUUCUUGACACAUAGUGGUUGGAACUCAACGAUGGAAAGUGUGUGCGGCGGUGUUCCGAUGAUAUGUUGGCCUUUCUUUGCGGAACAACAAACUAAUUGUAGAUUUAGUUGUCAUGAAUGGGGGAUUGGUUUGGAGAUUGAAGAUGCUAAGAAGGACAAGAUUGAGAGUCUUGUGAAGGAGUUGAUGAAUGGAGAAAAGGGUAAAGAGAUGAAAGAAAAAGCUUUGCAAUGGAAGAAAUUGGCACAAAAUGCUGCUUUGGGUCCAAAUGGAUCAUCAUUUAUGAAUUUCAAAAACCUCUUUAGUAAUGUUCUUAAAUGA